UUCCCGUGGUUGAGGAACAACUCAUGGCAGCGACUCUGCAAAAAUGGCACAAACCUUUGUUCCCGUUCCGCGUCUCGGUUCUACACUACAGGUCCCUAACCUCGAGGUCUUUCCAAUUCAAGGCCAAUUUCCGAUUUCGCACCUUUUGUGCCGCGUUUUGCAGCGAUGCAACGCGACCUUCGGUGAAAAAGCUUGCAAAUGGUCAUUCUAGUGAUGGUACUAAGCGUAGGGAACAUUCUGGAGAAAUUAGAAAGGAGCUAUGGCUGUAUAACACGAUGAGCAAGCAAAGAGAUUUGUUUAAACCGCGGGUCGAAGGGAAAGUUGGGAUGUAUGUUUGCGGCGUCACCGCGUACGAUCUCAGCCACAUUGGUCACGCUCGGGUUUACGUUCAUUUCGACGUGCUUUAUAGAUACCUCAAAUUCUUGGGAUAUGAUGUAAAUUACGUGCGCAAUUUCACUGAUGUUGAUGACAAGAUAAUUGCCAGAGCAAAUGAGUUGGGGGAAGAUCCGAUCAGUUUAAGCAGAAGAUAUUGUGAAGAAUUUCAUCGUGACAUGGAAUUUCUAAACUGUCUUCCUCCUUCUGUGGAGCCUCGUGUAUCGGAUCACAUGCAGCAAAUCAUUGAUAUGAUUAAACAGAUACUGGAUAAUGGGUGUGCAUACGCUCUUGACGGGGAUGUUUACUUCUCUGUGGACAAAUUUCCAGAGUAUGGUCGGUUAUCUGGACGGAAAUUAGAGGAUAAUAGGGCUGGGGAACGGGUGGCUGUGGACUCAAGGAAGAAAAACCCAGCUGACUUUGCAUUAUGGAAAUCAGCGAAGGAUGGAGAACCUUUUUGGGAAAGUCCAUGGGGUCCUGGAAGGCCUGGAUGGCAUAUUGAGUGUAGUGCCAUGAGUGCUGCUUAUUUAGGUUAUUCUUUCGACAUACAUGGUGGUGGAAUGGAUCUUAUUUUCCCACAUCAUGAGAAUGAGAUUGCCCAAAGUUGUGCUACGUGUAACGAAAGCAGUGUUAGCUAUUGGAUACAUAAUGGAUUUGUGACCAUUGACUCUGAGAAGAUGUCAAAGUCCCUUGGCAACUUUUUCACCAUCCGACAGGUUAUAGAAUUGUACCAUCCACUUGCUUUGAGGCUCUUCCUCAUGGGAACUCAUUAUCGCUCCCCAAUUAAUUAUUCUGACCUACAGCUUGAGACUGCCUCAGAUCGUCUUUUCUAUAUCUAUCAGGCAUUACACGAUUGCGAGAAUAUCUUGAUGAUGCAAGAUGAGAACAGUUUGAAGGAUUCGAUUCCAUCAGGAACUGCAAGCUGCAUAGGCAAAUUCAACAACGAAUACUUGAUGUCAUUGUGUGAUGAUCUCCAUACUCCAGUAGCUUUGGCUGCAAUGUCUGAACCGUUGAAGAUCAUCAAUGAUCUCUUGCACACUCGAAAGGGUAAGAAGCAAGAGUUGAGAGCUGAAUCACUUGCAGCAUUAGGAAAGGCAAUUGCAGAAAGUCUUGAUGUUCUUGGGCUCUCCCCGAAUACAUACUCCGAGGCGUUGGUGCAGCUGAGGGGUUAUGCGCUGAAGCGGGCGAAGCUGACAGAAGAUGAAGUUGCACAGAAGAUCGAAGAAAGGAAUGAUGCAAGAAAGAAGAAAGAAUAUGAAAAAUCGGACAGCAUCAGAAAAGAGUUGGCCACUGUAGGAAUUGCACUGAUGGAUAGCCCGGAGGGGACAACAUGGAGGCCUGCCAUACCUCUGCCAUUGCAAGAUCCACAGACUAUUUCUCAGCUUAGAGAUUAGAAGAAAAUUGCAUCACACUUGAUCAUUUUUCUUGGUAUAAAUUAAUUGGAUGUUGAUAAUUUAUUCUUAGUUACACAGACAGAUAAUUGUGUUUCUAUCGGUCAUUGAGAUUAGAGCGGUUAACGAGUCGAGUCGAGUUUUAAAUGUUCGUAUUCGUUCGUUGGGCUUUCGAGCUUGUUCGUAGUGUUUGAGCUUGGCUCGUUAAGAAUUUUUAUUGUUUGAGUUCGUGCUCGGUUCGUUUAAGCUUGAUUAAGUUCGUUCGAGUUCGUUUGUUUCACUUUUUUUUAAUUUACAUAAAUUAAAAAGAAAAAUUAAAAUUA